AUGUUCAAAUUCAAUUUUGACGCAGAGGAGUGUGAAGCCAGUGUUGCGGAGAUUGCUGAGUCAAAUGAACUAAUAUGGGAUCCAUUCAAGGAAGUUUCUACUGGAGAAACAGUAUCGGGAUCACAGGACUGUAUAACCAAAUUCACAUGCAGAGAUCUUCAAUUUCAAAUUGUGGAUGCGUCAAAAAGUUAUGAAAAGUCACAACCAGAAGAGCUUAAAAGUUGCUCCAUCUUCCAAAGUUUACAAACAUCCCAUUCAGAUUUGUUAACAGCCAAAUAUGAAGGAGGAUUUAAAAUCUGGGAAUGCACCUAUGAUCUUCUCCAUUACUUGAUUGAUAAUAAUAUUGAUCUUCGCAACAAAACCAUCCUAGAUUUAGGUUGUGGUGUUGGAAUUUUAGGCAUGUACGCUCUUCAAAAUGGGGCCACUGUACAUUUUCAAGACUAUAAUGUUGAUGUUCUGAAAUAUGCUACUAUUCCCAGCGUAUCCCAUAGCUUUGGAAAUACUAAUAACUGUAGGUUCUUUGCGGGUGACUGGAGUUUUUUUUGUGAAGAAAACACGUCAACAAAGUAUGAUUGCAUAUUAAGUUCAGAAACCAUCUACAAUCCCAAGAAUUAUGAUAAACUAUGUGCUGUCUUUGAAGAAAAGCUGAAGCCAAAUGGUUAUGGUACCUGUUCUGGUGCCAGAUCUCUAUCCGUAUCAAUUCCGAUUCAAUCAAUUCUCAGACGUCCUUAUUGCUUGAAAAGUGAAAGGAUGGGUUAA